AUGUCCGAACUACUGGUGUGGACUCAGGAGCUCGAAAACCCUACUCUUAGCGUCUUACCUCACGAUUUUUUACGCCCUCACAGCGAUCCUCUGGUCAAACAGCACGAAAAAUGCAUCCAUUUGCCGCAGCUGGAAUUGCCUCACGGACAGGAUAAUUACAUUUUGGUUUUGGCCGUUUGGGCUUCUCUUUUGUUCAGACUUACGGGCGACGAUGAUAUAGUGCUGCUGGUUCGUGAAAACAGAGUGCUCAGAUUCACAAUACAGCCUACAUGGACUUUUGCAGAGCUGUGUGCUACUAUCACGCAGCAACUGCAACGUGUCGAACGGCUUCCAGCUGUCUCAUUGGAUGAACUGUCUCGCCACGUCCAAGAAUCCCAGGACAAAGACACCCCUCCACACUUCUUCCGUUGUGGAUUGGUUCAAGAUCAGCCAGAAUUUUCGCUCGAGAACCAAUACAAAACCCAGCUGCUAGACUUGGCUUUGAACUUGCAAGGUGGCUCCACGCUGAGUAUAGUCUACAACGGACUUCUCUUCUCCGACCUCAGAAUCGAAAUCCUACUGUCCCAAUUUAGCCAGUUCACAUCAGCAGUGCUGCAGGACACUUCUAACACGAUAACCAAGGUGUCGCUGAUUACCCCCGGCAGCGAGUCAGCUUUGCCAGACCCCACUAAAAACCUUGGAUGGUGCGAUUUUGCAGGAUGUAUCCAUGACAUUUUUCAAGACAAUGCGGCCAAGUUCCCAGACAGAACCUGUGUUGUGGAAACCCAAGGACUUACGAGUAGUGCUCAGCCUCGUGUUUUCACUUACCAAGACAUCAAUAGGGCUUCCAACAUAGUUGCUCACUAUUUGAUCAGGACCGGCAUCAAAAGAGGAGACGUAGUGAUGAUUUACUCCUCUAGAGGUGUCGACCUCAUGGUCUGUGUGAUGGGUGUGCUCAAGGCAGGCGCAACCUUCUCCGUCAUCGACCCAGCAUAUCCACCUGCAAGACAAACCAUCUACCUCGGCGUUGCCAAGCCCAAGGGUUUGAUCGUGAUCCGUGCCGCUGGCCAAUUGGACCAGCUAGUGGAAGACUACAUAUCGAACGAACUGGAUGUCAUUUCAAGAAUACCGUCGAUUGCAAUCCAGGCUAAUGGUUUGGUUGACGGUGGAGCUCUACCAGGCUCCAGUGAGGAUUGCUUGGCCAAAUUCGAGUCCCUCAAGGACACCCGUUCUGGCGUGGUAGUGGGCCCCGACAGCAACCCUACACUGUCUUUCACUUCUGGCUCUGAGGGUAUUCCUAAAGGUGUUCUCGGUAGACAUUUUUCUCUUGCGUACUACUUCAAGUGGAUGUCUCAGCAAUUCAACCUGUCCGAGUCUGAUAAGUUUACCAUGCUUUCAGGUAUUGCACACGAUCCAAUUCAAAGAGAUAUGUUCACACCUUUGUUUCUGGGAGCUCAACUCUUGGUGCCCACUGAGGAUGAUAUUGGUACACCUGGUCAGUUGGCUGACUGGAUGGGCAAGUAUGAAGCAACUGUUACGCACUUGACUCCAGCCAUGGGUCAACUUCUCACUGCUCAGGCAGUCACUCCUUUCCCUUCAUUGCACCAUGCCUUUUUCGUCGGUGACAUUCUCACCAAGAGGGAUUGUUUGAGACUUCAGACCUUGGCCGAGAACGUUCGUAUCGUAAACAUGUAUGGUACCACUGAGACUCAAAGAGCCGUGUCUUUUUACGAGGUCAAGUCACGGUCUGAUGACCCGCUAUUCUUGAAAUCUUUGAAAGAUGUCAUGCCUGCAGGAAAGGGUAUGCUUAACGUUCAACUGCUGGUCGUAAAUCGUAAUGACAGAACUCAGAUAUGCGGCGUCGGAGAAAUUGGUGAAAUAUACGUCAGAGCUGGAGGUUUGGCCGAAGGUUACCGCGGGCUACCAGAUUUGAACAAGGAAAAGUUCGUCUCAAAUUGGUUUGUGGAACCUGGUCACUGGGACUCUCUAGAUAAGAGCAAUGGCGAACCAUGGAGACAGUUCUGGUACGGCCCUCGUGAUCGUCUAUACAGAACUGGUGAUUUGGGUCGUUACACCCCAGAUGGUAACUGUGAAUGUUGCGGGCGUGCUGAUGACCAGGUCAAAAUUCGUGGCUUCAGAAUAGAGCUCGGUGAAAUCGAUACCCAUAUUUCACAGCACCAUCUUGUGGGCGAAAACAUCACUUUGGUGCGCCGUAACAGUGACAAUGAACCAACCCUUAUUACUUUCAUGGUCCCAAGAUUCGACAAAGGAGACGAUCUUUCUAAGUUUGAGUCGGAAAUCUCAGAGGAUGUCUCCAAAGAUUCUGUUGUUAAGGGUCUAGUUAAGUACAGAUCACUAACACAAGAUAUUAAGUCCUUUUUGAAGAAGCGCCUAGCAAGUUACGCUAUUCCAACCAUCGUCGUUGUCCUUGAGAAAUUGCCCUUGAAUCCAAAUGGUAAGGUUGACAAACCGAAGCUUCAGUUCCCAACCUCAAAGCAAUUAGCACUCGCUGCUGACAACUCAUCUAUUGAAAUUGAUGACUCUGGAUUUUCCGACACAGAACGCGAAGUUCGUGACCUGUGGCUAGCGGUUUUGCCAACCAGACCUGCCACCGUUACCCCAGACGACUCUUUCUUCGAUCUAGGUGGACACUCUAUUUUGGCCACAAAGAUGAUUUUCACUUUGAGAACACAGCUUCACGUUGAACUCCCUCUAGGAACAGUCUUCAAAUACCCGACAAUCAAGCUUUUCGCAAACGAAGUAGCGAGGGCCAGAGCGUCAUCGGAAAGUCCUUCUUCCGAGGCUGCGGUGACUGCAGACUAUUAUGGAGAUGCAAAAGAGCUUGCCAAGUCUAUGCUGCCUGAUAGCUACCCUUCGCGUGUCACUCUCGAUGGUUUUAACCCCGACACGUUGAACGUGUUCGUUACAGGUGUGACAGGGUUCUUGGGGUCUUACAUUUUGGCGGAUCUCCUCAACAGACCAACUACUUCUCGUAAAAUUAAAGUGUUUGCACAUGUUCGCGCUAAGGAUGGACCUGCGGGAAUGGACCGCCUAAAAAAAGCAGGAAUUGUGUAUGGCACUUGGUCUGAUGCCUUUGCCUCUCGCAUCGAAGUUGUUCUGGGAGAUUUAUCGAAACCUCAAUUCGGGCUUGACAACACAGCAUGGGGCAAGCUGACGAACGAGAUAGAUGUCAUUAUUCACAAUGGUGCUCUAGUUCAUUGGGUUUAUCCUUAUGCCAAACUAAGAGACGCAAACGUCAUUUCUACUAUUAACGUGAUGAAUCUUGCGUCUAGCGGUUCUAAGGCCAAGUACUUCACCUUUGUUUCCUCCACGUCUACGAUUGACACCCCACACUACUUUGAACUAUCUGACAAACUAGCUGCAGAAGGUAAAGGCUUGCUUGAAAGCGAUGAUCUAAUGGGCUCAUCAACAGGGCUGGGCGGCGGUUACGGUCAAUCCAAAUGGGCUGCGGAAUACAUCAUUAGACGUGCCGGUGAACGUGGUCUACGCGGUUGUAUUGUGAGACCGGGCUAUGUUACGGGAGCUUCCAGUAACGGUUCCUCAAACACCGAUGACUUUUUAUUGAGAUGUCUGAAGGGUGUUGUCCAGUUGGGUAAAAUCCCAGACAUCAGAAAUACUGUCAACAUGGUUCCUGUUGAUCAAGUGGCCAGAGUGGUCACUGCGGCUGGGUUCUAUCCACCAUCGGAAAACUCUUUGGAGGUUGCCCAUGUUACCGCUCACCCACGUUGUCUCUUCAGGGACUACUUGAACGAGUUGAAGCAAUACGGCUACCCUGUGGAAGUGGAAAGCUACGAUGAAUGGAGGAAGUCCCUAGAACUGUCUGUUAUUGGACGUCAAGAAGAGAAUGCUCUAUACCCACUUCUGCACAUGGUCUUAGACAACCUACCAGAGAACACUAAAGCACCAGAACUUGAUGACUCUAAUGCAGUCAUUUCCUUGAAAAAGGAUACGAACUGGACUGGAGAAGACGCAUCAGGCGGCAAAGGUGCUACAUCUGAACAGAUCGGGAUCUACAUCGCUUUCUUGAACAAGGUCGGCUUCCUACCUCCACCUCCACAAUCGGGGGCCCUGCCAAUACCCGAAAUCACUUUGUCUGAACAACAAAUUGAGCUAGUUUCCUCUGGUGCUGGCGCUCGUGGCAGUUCCGCUCCAUUGAAAUAA